AUGUGCGAAUGCAGCAAAGAGACCACCUUUGAAAUCCUCGACGACUUCCACUCCGUCGGCGGCAGCUUCAUUGACACCGCAAAUAUCUACCAAGCCGAAGAAUCCGAAACGUGAAUCCGGGAAUGGAUGGCCUUCCGUGGUGUCGGGGACGAAAUGGUGAUUCCUACAAAAUACGGUAGUGGCUAAAAAUUCUGGGGUUCCCCCAAGGCGUUGCAGACGAAUUAUGUGGGAAACAGUACCAAGAGCAUGGUGCUGAGUCUCGAGGCGAGUUUGAAGAAAUUGCAGACAAAUUAUGUGGAUGUUUUUUACGUGCAUUUUUGGGACUUUACUGCUUCGGUGAGUUUUCUUGCCUUGACUUUCGCUUUGGACGGACGAGAUGCUCAUUCCUGAUGCUUUUCUUUUUGCAGGUCGAAGAAGUGAUGGAGUCGCUCAACAUGCUCGCCGAUCAGGGGAAGAUCUUGUAUCUGGAAGUGAGCGACACGCCAGCAUGGAUUGUGUCGAAAGCGUGAGAAGGAAGGUCCGAGAGACAGGAAUAGAUGAUACUGACCGUUUCGGAUUAUUAGAAACCAAUGGGCGAGGGACCACGGAUUGCGACAAUUUUCGGUUUACCAGGGAAACUGGAGUGCAGCAUCGCGAGACAUGGAGAGAGAAAUUAUUCCAACGUGCGAGGCUGAGAGGAUGGGGAUCUGUCCGUGGGGAGCUCUUGGUGGGGGAAACUUUAAGACUGAAGAGCAGAACCAGAGCAAGAAAGGACGAAAGCAGGGAGGACUUUCGGAGACCGACAUCAAGGUCUCCAAGGUCUUGGAGAAGAUUGGCAUUGAGAAAGGCACGGUGAUUACCAGUAUUGCUCUGGCGUACGCCAUGGCUAAGACGCCGAAUGUCUUCCCAAUCGUUGGCGGACGCAAGAUUGAGCAUCGAGAUUACCCCGAAGGACAUUGA